UCUUGACGCAGCUCGCCGAGACGCUGUAGGACAACCGGAUAACGGGAACCGAGAAGGGGGACAGGAGCAGAACGCGUCAGUCUGACAGACGUAGACGGGGUGCUAUUGUAUAACACAGGCCUGCGAGGGUUUUUCCCCCCCUCUUCUUCUUCUUCCUCUUUUUUUUCUUCCCUUCUCUCUGUUUUCUCUCACCGCGGAGGUGUGAAGCGGAGCGGGGCUCGGCGUUGCAUCGCUGGCGGAGGGACCUGCACAUGUCGGCGCGGUGAGGUUUGUUUCCCCGCCCUGAUACGGUCGGAGGACGAGGGAGGAGGAGGCUGUGUGGAGGGGUGUGAACCGCGACAAGAGCAAGAUUAUUACAGAGAAAGGAGAGGGGGGAAAAAUCAGAAUAAUAAACGAUCAGAGCCAAAAGAAAAACAAAAAACGAGCCAGAAGGACAACAGUGAUGCGGCAGCCGAGGUGGGCCCAGAUUGAUGAUUUUAUGAUAUCAUCACUCACCGCCAGGACCGAUUUUUAUUGAUAAGGAGCAUCAUCGAGGAGAAUAAACUGGACCUGGAGUACGUUUGAUCCGGAUAAACAAGGAGGAGGAGUGUUUUUUUCUCUCUCUGCGUGUCUAGAAGGAGCUCAGCUGCAUGAAAACAAACAGAAAUAAAUGUCCAAAUUUAGGCCGAUGACUUAGUGUGCGUGUGUGUGCAUGUGUGUGUGUGUGACGCCAAUACAGCAGCAGAGAGGUGUGUGUGUGUGCGUGUGUGCGUGUGUGCGUGCGUGCGUGUGUGUGAGGAGACGCGCCUGUCUGAGCAUCAUCUGGAGGAUGAUCCACAAGCGAUCCGUGCGUAAAAACCAGAAGAUUCAGGGAUGGUGCUGAUGCUGCCGUUUCCAGCCCGGCUCUGAUACAGACAGCGAGGCGAGCAGCUCCAGGGGGGGACUGGACAUCCAGAAAACCUCUCUCCUCCUCCGCCUCCUCUGCACCUUUCUUCCCCCCUCCUCCCCUUUAUCUCUCCCCCUCUCCUCCUUCCCUCCCCCCUUCCAGCGUCUGAUCAAUUGAUCCAAGCCACCCACUUUUUCCUUCCUCCAUCCUCUCUCCUCCUUUCUUUUUUUUUUUUUUUAACGCACUUUGGACGGACGCGCAACCGCCAUCAUGGAGACGACCAAGCUGCCCCCGUCCAGCCCGUCCUCGCCGACCACCAGCUUCUCGGUGCCGUCCGCGGAGAAGGUGGACGGCUUCCCGCGGCGCUCCAUGCGCAGAGCCCGGCAGAGGAGGUCCCACAGCUCGUCCCAGUUCCGCUACCAGAGCUCCCAGGUGGAGCUCACCCCGCUGCCCCUGCUCAAAGACGCCCCGGUGGCAGAGUUACACGACCUGUUCUGUAAGAAGCUGCAGCAGUGCUGUGUGCUGUUUGAUUUCCUGGACUGCGUGGCCGACCUGAAGGGGAAGGAGAUCAAACGUGCAGCGCUCAACGAGCUGGUGGAGAGCGUGGCCACGAGCAGAGGAGUCCUCAUAGAGCCUCUGUACCCCGAGGCUAUAAAGAUGAUCUCGGUAAAUAUCUUCCGCACUCUCCCGCCCAGCGAGAAUCCAGAGUUUGACCCAGAGGAAGAUGAGCCGACACUGGAAGCCUCCUGGCCUCAUCUGCAGCUGGUGUACGAGUUCUUUCUGCGUUUCCUGGAGAGCCCAGACUUCCAGCCCUCCAUGGCCAAACGCUACGUCGACCAGAAGUUCGUCUUGCAGCUGCUGGAGCUGUUCGACAGCGAGGAUCCCAGGGAGAGGGAGUACCUAAAGACCAUCCUGCACCGCGUCUAUGGAAAACUACUGGGCCUCCGAGCCUACAUCCGCAAACAGAUCAACAACAUCUUCCUCAGGUUCAUAUAUGAAACUGAGCACUUCAAUGGAGUCGCAGAGCUGCUGGAAAUCCUUGGCAGCAUCAUAAAUGGCUUCGCUCUGCCUCUGAAAGCCGAACACAAGCAGUUCCUGGUUCGAGUUCUCAUCCCGCUACACACGGCAAAGUCCCUUUCCAUCUUCCACGCACAGCUGGCCUACUGUGUGGUGCAGUUUAUGGAGAAAGAUGCUACAGUGACUGAAUAUAUCAUCAGAGGGCUGCUCAAGUACUGGCCAAAAACCUGCACGCAGAAAGAGGUGAUGUUCCUGGGCGAGAUCGAGGAGAUUCUGGAUGUGAUAGAGCCGUCUCAGUUCAUCCGGGUUCAGGAGCCGCUCUUCAAGCAGAUAGCAGCCUGUAUCUCCAGCCCUCACUUCCAGGUAGCGGAGCGGGCUCUUUACUUCUGGAACAACGAAUACAUCCUCAGUCUGAUCGAGGAGAACUGUCAAGUCAUCCUGCCGCUGGUGUUUGCCACCCUCUACAGAGUCUCCAAGGAGCACUGGAACCAGACCAUCGUGUCUCUGAUCUACAACGUGCUGAAGACCUUCAUGGAGAUGAACAGCAAACUGUUUGAUGACCUCACUGCCUCCUACAAAGUGGAGAAACAGAAGGAGCUUAAGCGAGAAAGGGAGCGUGCUGAGCUGUGGCGAGGCCUGGAGGAGCACCAGGAGCGCCGGAUGCAGAUGCUCACAGAGGCCGCCAGGAACCAGCGCAACCUCCAGGAGCGAGGCGAGAGAGGGGACCCGCUGACCCCCUCGUCCCCGCAGACGGCUCACUCCGACCAGCCCGAGCCCAAACCCAGCGGGGCCUCCUCCGGGGAGAGCGCCACCUAGAGAUGGGAUAACACAGGGGGGUUAGGGGGCACGGGGAGAAGACGUGAUGGUGAAAGUGUUGGGAGGCAGAAAGAAGGUACAAAACAAACCUGCUGUUUAUUCACGUCUUGCAUCGUCGAGGUGGCAGCUUUUUGUAAAAAGGCGCAAACUCUGUGAUCCAAGGUCCAAACCGUACCUUCUUUCUGACUUAUCUGUGUGAAACUGCUUCACUUUUUUGCUGUACACUCAUUAUGUUGCAGAUCAGAAGAUGGAUAUUGUCCAAAAGUGCAGACUGUUAUUUUAACUACCAGCUGGUUUAUCAAACUGCAGGUCAGUACCUACAAAUCGGUGGCUGGCCUGCUUCAAAUCAGCCUCACAACAAGAGAUAAAAACGUCUCUUUUGGUGCAACACGAACCGAGUUUAACAUCCGUCUACCUACAGUCGAGUUAUGGUCUGUACUGUGGCUUUGUACUCAUCUUAUGGUCAGAGAUGCUUGUUUCAUGCGUGGAUAGCACAAUACAUCAAUAAACAAAAGAAGCAGUUUCACACAAAAAGUCCCAAAACUUUUACCAAACAGACCAGACACACAAACCACGGCAUAAACACACAAACAACACACAGGCGCAGGUCCAUAUUUACUGUAAAUAUCAGAAGACAGAGCUACAGAGUGUAUCCCAGGUCACACAAACACCACAUUGAUGCACCAAAAAAAUCACACAUUUAUAUACACAAACACACACAGCUGGUUCUAACUCCUCUCCCAAUCUGCCGGGUUCCACCAAAGGACGAGCCUAAAGUCCCUUAAGGUUAGAUAAUAACCUCUGAUGAAGAUGAUGAUACUGAUAUAAAGUACAAUAAUGUUCCUUCUUCUUACUUGUUACUCUACUACUACUACUACUCUACUCUAAGUACUACUGACGAUGAUGAUGAUGAUGAUAAUGUUUUUAUAUAUAUAUACAUAUGUCUCUGGAUAUUUCUGUAGUGUAUUAUGGGAAAACACUAGUGUAGCAGAUACCAUAAAGGGGAAGGCCGACUCGAAUUCUGAAUUCACAUCACAUGUUAAAUGUACGAGGCCAUAAUGUGAGUGCUGAAAUUCAGCAGAAUUCCCCUUUAACAGACCUUAAAGAGGGGAGGAAUGAACUGGAUUGGCGGUGGCUGUUUUUCUUUCAUUUUAAAAUUUUGAAUAUUUGUGGUGUGGCGGGCGUAUCUUAAAGGGGUAUUUCAUAAAAAAAUCCCCAAACAUUCCACAUUUAAAGGUCAUGAAUAUGCUUUAAAGGUGCCCUGUUGAGUUUUCUUUUCAUAAACACAGUUACGUUUACAUUCAGUGUUACUCACCAGAAUGCAUUGUGGGUAUUCUAGAGGCCUGACGGGUGAAUUGUGUUGAACACAUUUCCUUCCUCACGGAACAUUUGAUUGUUUUUUACCCUCCUGUUGUCCUCAUUUAUGAACACCAAAAAAAUAUUGCUUGUAUGUCUAAAAAAAAUCAAAAAAUUCAGCAAAAAUUUCUGAAAAUUUACAAAACCUUCAAGAAGAAAAUUGCAGUAAUUCCUUCAAAAUUUUAUUGUAAAAUAAAAAAUCCCACAAAUUUGGCAAGAAAUUCUGGUGAAUAUUUUCUAAAAAUGUGUAAAAAUCUUCCAAAAAAAUCCUAAAAAUAUCAGUAAAACUUCUAAUAUUCUCUUAAGAACAUUCACAAAAAUCAACCAAAAUCCAGCAAAAUUCACUGGAUUUUGGUUGAUUUAUUUUUUUAAUGUUCUUAAGAAACAUUUUUAACAUUUCUUUUUUUCCAUCAAAAAAAUGUUCAAAGAUUUCCCAAAAAUGUUGAAAAUGUGGACAUCAGAAGUUUCACUGUGAAAAUAUUUUUUUUUCCUCCACAUUUUCAAACUUUAACCAGGUCAAAUUUGACCUGCAGGACAUCACGAGGGUUAAACCUGCGUUGUUUACAUCCGUGUUCGCUAGCUAGCUGUCUUCUUCUUCUUCACUGCUACAUUUUGUUGCACUCUGUCGCCACCAACUGUUGAUCAGUGGAACAAAAUCGGGACCCGCUCAUGUUAAACAUUAGUUCUGUAGCGCUUUUAUUGGUCAAAAGUUCUACAGGGUACCUUUAGCGGUGGCGUUACGGUUCGAAGUUUGUCAAAUUCACCUAUUUGCUUUGCUUACAAUUAUAAUUUUGUAAACCCCACCCAACCCAGAAGUGACAGAAAAACGAAUGAAGCGCACCACAAGUGUUUCAAAGCAAAAAGGAAAAACACCGUAAUCCAGUUGGAUUUCUGAACCCGGAGCGUCCGAAGGUCUCUGCGGGCCCGACGCUGCAAGAUGGUAACCAUGACGACUUACUUUGGCGUGAACCAACAACAACAACAAAAAAAAUCUGUUUAUUCUUGUCUGAUCAUUACGAUAGAGCGACGGGAUAAAGAGAGGGCGGGGGAAAAAACAAAAAAAAUUAUUUUAGCAAUAUUUUCAUUCUUUCAGGAUACUCUGUGUGUUUUUAGGGGGCUAAACAGGAAGUGGGCGUCACGCUCAAAUGUUUACCUCCCACUCUUGUUUUUACUCCUGUUGCGUCCUUGAUAUUCACAUUGUCUUAAAGGUACCUUCUGUGUAAAAUGAUUUGAUGAGAAAUGAUUUUUUGCUUUGUAAUUAUGUUGUUUAUUUUCUUGGUUUUUGUAUGAUCUUGUUCAUUUUGUGGAAAACUGAUACUGAUGCUAUUUAUUUUCUAUUUGAUCAGGAAAUGUAACCUUAUUUGAAGACGAUAGGUUGUGUAUGUGUGUUUGUGCGCGUGCAUGAGUGUGUCGGAGACGUGUGUGGACAGAGCGACGGAGAACGAGAGAGGACAGUUUUCUCUUUGCUUCUUUUUCUCUCUCUCUCCUUCUCUCCUUCCUGAGGGACAGGGUUUUGAAUCCGAAUGUAUCGUAAAAAGAAAAAAAAACUGAAAUUGAUUGUUUUUUUCAAGACGCAGAGCUACCUUUCAGCUGCUUCGUAACCAAACAUUAAAAAAAAACCCAUCAGACCUGCAGUUUUUUCAAGACACGCUUCGAAUCGCGCCUGAAUCGACAUAGGUUUUGAAAUCCAUUUGAUUUGUGGUGCGUUUCUGCCUCACUUCCCAAAUUUCCCAGUUUUUCUGAAGGCUUUCAAGCCUAAAAAUCUGGACUAAGACUCACAAAUCAUGUCAAAGUUGAGCACAAAAGUUCUUCCUCCUCUUCUUCUUUUUAUUUCAAAUUAGUAUUGGGGUGCAAUGACAUAGUUCAUACUUUUUACAACAAAGAAUAAUAAUAAUAAUAUAUAUAUAUAUAUAUAUAUAUAUAUAUAAGUACAAAUUUAGUUCACCAUCAAGCUCGGAAACAGUAAUUUGACGUAAGAAACUCACUCUUCAAGGUCCACUUACUCGCUUUUUCUGCCUACAUCAGGGUCUGGAGCUGCAGAUUCACCCAGUAGCUGCAGUAUGGAACGAAAUUACAGGUGUUUUGAAUGUAUUGUCACAUAAUGGCACCUGAGCUCUCAGUGUAACAAUUUAACAAGCGCAGUUGACUGAUGAAGACUGAAAGCUCUGGAAGAAGCUAGAAAUGUUAUCCUGAGUUAAGCUUAUUUACUUUUCUGAUCACUUUUUUUUAAUUUUUUGAAGCCUGAGGAGGUCCCCUCAAUUUCACAGGAAAAGUGCAAAAAUCCAAAGUAAAGCAGCAAAGGUGUGUCCCAAUUUAGCUCCACCUCAGUAACCCAAAUCAACAGAAUAACAAUAACAGGAGACUUUUGUGUGAAUUAAAUUUUUGUCACAGUUUUAAAGCUGCAGUAGGCAGAAAUAUGGGGCAGGAAAUCAAACAAAAAGUCCCACCAGAUGAGCAUUUUACAUGUAGUUAAAAUUCUCAAACAUAAUUGAACUAUUUCAAUUGUGGCUUCAGAUUUGAUUUGCUCUCCUGAGAUGAAUUAUUUUGUUUACUCCACAGAACCAGCACAUCCAACUUUCAACAACGACUUUGCUGCUAUUUAGAAUUUAUCACCUGAACUGUGUAUACAGACCUGCGAUGGGCUAAAGUUGUCCAUUACAAUAUACUUUCCUCUCGCAUCAUUUGGAUUCCAACAUGCAGAAAAGUUUAGCCCAGCGACAUGCUCCUCAAAAAAAACUGCACACUCCAGCUUUAAAUAGCCGCUAAUUCAUUAUUUCUGCUUUAUCUUAGGCUCUUAUACCCCCACUAGGGCUGAAAAACUAAUCAAAUAUGUGAUCAAAAUUGUAACAUAAUGACAUGUAAAAUCACAGGAGCUGCAAGUUUUUUUGCUAGAAGAUAAAAUUAAACUACUAUUAUAAAUGAAGGUUUGUGGUGCUACAGAUGUACUCCGGCCUACCAAACAUCAUUUUUGGUGUUUUUAGUGAAGAAGAAGUGGGGAAAAUGACUUCUUCCAACCAAAAUUAAAUGAGUCAUAUCACAAAAUAUACAUGUUUUGUUUGCAAAAGUUUUUCUUCAUUUCAGGCAGAUUGCUUUUAUUGUUCCCGUUUGUGUGCAGCGUAGAUGUAGGAUGCAGCAUUUCACGUUGUCCGUGUUCCCUGAAAACCACGGUAAAUACAUUGAUGGAUCGGUUGUUAUAGCAGCUUCACCAGUAAAUACCUCAAAAUCUGAACCUGCAGACGCCACCUGAAGCUUCUUUUUGGUUGGAUUUCAAACCCUCUUUAGAUUCAGGCGCGCAACGCUAAAAAAAACCCACAACCGAAAAGACACCGAACUCGACCUCGCUGUCAUAGAAGUGCGUUUAUGAUUUUUGUUUUGGCUAGCUUCCUCACAAACCCUCUUGAUUGUUACUGUCGGUCGGUCAGCUGACUCGGGGAAAUUAAAACCCCAGCUCCCACGGAUUUAGAAUUCGCUGUCGAUUAAUAUUUCUCAACUCCAGAACUGUGUCAUCCGGUCUAGAAGUGCUCCUGCACAGGAAGCGAGAGAGGAGAGAGAGCGUUAGUAGAGAGUUCUGGCUUGAACUCGGACGGCCGUCGAACGCCGCUUUCAUCGCCGAGGCCGUUUCACAAAUUGGAACAAAAUGCUUUAAACCAGAGGGACGAUGAAAAACAGCCGGUGAAGUUAGAAAAACAGAGGAGGAGAAAGACAGAGGAAAGAAAAGAGUUAGACACGAUAGAAUGGCAAUAAGUCAGAGCAACAGAAUAUAAUGUUACCGAAACCUACAACCGCAUUACGUAGCAAUUUCACUGAAUUUCUAGAUUUGCACUGUCUGCCCAAUGGUCUGUGUUUGUUGUGUUGAAGAAAAAAAACAUAGAGAAGAUGAUAAAGACGAUGCAGAAGAAGAAGAAGAUGUAUAUUUUGGGGACCAACACAGCGGUGGGGGGGUUUGAAUGUAGAGAGGCUUACUACUGUACGUAACAUUACAGGGGGGUGUAGAAUGGAGAAAAAAAACUAUGUGCUAAAAAUGAAACUUCACUUUGAGAAAACA